CCUGGUCCACAUGGACCACCUGGCCCUAUGGGUCCUCAUGGAUUCCCUGGGCCAAAGGGGGAACCUGGGUUGCAUGGUCUCAAGGGACUGCGAGGGGAACCUGGGCAUAAGGGGGACAGAGGACCCCUGGGUCUCCCCGGAGCAUCUGGCUUGGACGGCAAGCCAGGACCCAGGGGUAUGGACGGACCAAUUGGGACACCUGGUCCAGCAGGUCCAAAGGGAGAUAGAGUGCUGUUCAAUGUACCUGUCACAGGGUGAGAAGGGUGAUGUGGGUGAUCCUGGACCUAGAGGGCCAUAUGGGUUACCUGGAGCUGCUGGAACACCUGGAAUGGAUGGGGAGAAGGGAAAGAAGGGCAAAAAGGGGCCUAAGGGGGAGAAAGGAGAACAGGGUGCCCCUGGAUUAGAUGCACCCUGCCCACUGGGUUUCCGGGGCUUUAAGGGUGAAAAGGGCGAACCAGGUCAGCCUGGCCUGGAUGGGCUGGAUGCCCCGUGCCAAUUGGGUCCAGAUGGACUCCCAAUGCCUGGAUGUUGGCAGAAGUGAUCGGUCUAACACAAAACGCAUGGAGUUUGUAAAUAAGGCUUCAGUUUUUUUUUUUUUUUUUUUCGGGAAAUGAACAUCAUGAAGUUUUCACGUAGUUGCUCCUGUCAUUUCAGUGUGCUUACGGCAACGUGUGUU